CCGAGCAGCACACGGAAAGCACCCACCUCCACGAGUGAUAACUUCCAGCCGCUUACGUUUGUCCUUUUUCAGGCUGUUUUCAGCAGAAGGUUGUACUUUUUGCAAAGCUUUCUUAGCAGAGGAUCCUGCUUCUUUUUUUUUGUGGUAUGAGAAAGUUCUCGUCGCAGCCUCGUCGGAUGGGGACAGAAUGGAGGCGCGUUUUCGUUCUCAAAGAAAAAUGUGCCAAAGCGCCGGAAACCAUGAUGACGCUUACCGCUUUGCCAUCUGGAAUGGUACCGCAGAUUCCCACUUGGAUAUUAGCUCGCAUGAGCGCUCCUGAAAUCAACGCUCCAAGAAGGCGGGACGGUGAGACGCAAUCGGAAGCUUUGAAACGCCAUUCUCCUUGACGAUGAAUUGUAAAAUCAGUUGAGCGCUUUGAGCCGAGCGGACCUUUGAGGAAUCGACAUGCGGGAGUCGCCGGGCCCCGGCGUGGCCGGCAAAUCCCCAGAACGCUUGACAGCCGUGCGGGCUUUGCUCUUCGGACUCCUCUUGGCCAGCGCGUCUUCGUGUCCCAGCGGCUGCCACUGUACGGAAAGGAGCGGCGCCGCCGUGGUCCGAUGCACGUCCGGCAACCUGGAGAAGAUCCCGUCGGACCUCCCGAGAGACACCGUAGCUCUGAUUUUGGCCUCCAAUCACAUUAGCGAGAUCUCCAACCGAGCUUUCCGAGAGCUCCCCCGCCUUCGGGAGUUGGACCUGUCCAACAACGAAAUCGAGACGGUGGACGCGGCGGCUUUUCAUGGGCUCUCCGACAGCCUGCUGGCGCUGAAUCUGGCCAACAAUCGCAUCCGGAGCGUGCCCAAGGAGGCCUUCGCCCACCUGCGGGCCAAAAUUAACCUCGCCAACAACCCCUGGCACUGCGAGUGCGUCCUGCAGGAGGUGCUGCGCGAGCUGAGGCUGGACCCCGAGUCGGUGAAGGACAUGCUGUGCCACACGGCCGUGCGGGAGGAAUACGCCGGCAAGGCGCUCAUCCAAAUUCUGGACUCGGGGAUCAACUUCUGCAACUUCCACCACAAGACCACCGACGUGGCCAUGUUCGUCACCAUGUUCGGCUGGUUCUCCAUGGUGAUCGGCUACGUGGUCUACUACGUGCGCCACAACCGAGAGGACGCCAGGAGGCACCUGGAGUACCUCAAGUCCCUGCCCAGCACCUCUCACAUCACCAAAGAUCUCGACACCGUCAGUACCGUUCUCUAGCGGGAUGCCCUUUGUCUUCAAGGCCACCGGACUGAUUUUUUUUUUUUAAAUAUUUUUACAUUUUUAUGGAAGGGGCACUUCCGUUUGUUCCCAAAGAUGCCCAUUACAGGGCUCCUUGGUUUAUAAUAAUCGAAAUGGAUGGGUCCAAAGAGCCCCUUUCCAGCUCCUUCACUGCCAGCAUUUUGCAGCAUUUGGACCGAAGGGCCACAGAGAGCGGCAAAGCGUAGCAGAAA